CAUCUCUCAUCAAAUCAUAGGAAGCUAGCUUUAAAUCCCAAAUUUCCCACGUAUAAUAAAAACCCCAAAUUUUGCCAGUAUUUUCCGUACAACCAAACAAACCUGUUUUUGUGAGCUACCACAUUCGUAUUCGAUUAACACGAUGAAUACCAUCAUCCUCUGUCGUUUCUUUCAUUAAAAUAAUAAUUAACAAAAAAUUAAAAAAAAAAACACUCCUUCGUUCUCCAACCCAAAAUUCCCAGCGAAUUUCUCUUCUCCCUUCCAUUGCUCCUACCCAAAAACCUCCUAUAUUCCAAUGCCAAAUUCCAUCAAAUAACCCGAAAUUGUCAAACACCAAAUCUCCUUUUCCCCAAUACUUGGCAAUGUCAGGUCCAUCACUAAUGGAUUCCCUGUUUCAACGCACCUUAGAGGACCUAAUCAAAGGCCUAAGGCAACAACUGAUCGGUGAACAAGCUUUUAUUUCGAAAGCCCUGGAAGAAAUCCGUAAAGAAAUCAAAUCCACUGACCUCUCAACCAAAUCCACAGCUCUCCUGAAACUCUCCUACCUUUCCUCCCUUCACUUCCAUGACAUGUCGUUCGCAACUUUCCAUGCCUUGGAAGUCCUCUCUUCCCCUCGUUUUUCCCACAAAAAAAUCGCUUACCAUGGAAUCUCACUUUCCUUCCAUGAUUCCACCCCUGUUCUUCUCCUUAUAACUAAUCAUCUGCGUAAGGAUCUUACCAGUACAAAUGAGUUUGAAGUAAGUUUAUCUCUACAAUGCUUAUCUAGAAUUGCUAAUGUUGAUCUUGCUAGAGAUUUGACCCCGGAAGUUUUCAUUUUACUGUCUAGUAAUAAACUUUAUGUCCGAAAGAAGGCAAUAGCUGUAGUUUUAAGGGUUUUUGAGAAAUACCCUGAUUCUGUUAGGGUGUGUUUUAAACGUUUGGUUGAAAAUUUAGAGAAUUCGGAUCCUCAGAUUUUGUCUGCUGUUGUCGGGGUGUUUUGUGAACUUGCUUGUAAAGAUGCCAGAUCAUAUCUUCCAUUGGCACCUGAAUUUUAUAAGAUUUUGGUUAAUUCCAAAAACAAUUGGAUUUUGAUUAAGGUGCUGAAGAUUUUUACGAAGUUGGCUUCUUUGGAACCAAGGUUGGCGAAACGGGUUGUUGAGCCGAUUUGUGAUCAUAUGAGAAGAACUGGAGCGAAGUCCUUGUUGUUUGAGUGUGUCCAGACUGUCGUUACUAGUUUGAGCGAGUAUGACUCUGCUGUGAGGCUUGCGGUGGGAAAGAUUCGUGAGUUUUUGGUGGAUGAGGAUCCGAAUCUCAAGUAUCUUGGAUUGCGGGCUCUUUCUAUUGUAGCACCAAAGCACUUGUGGGCAGUGUCAGAAAAUAAGGAAGUUGUGAUUAAGUCAUUGAGUGAUGCAGAUCCUAACAUUAAGAUUGGGUCAUUGCGACUUGUGAUGGCAAUGGUGUCUGAACAUAGUGUGGCUGAAAUUUCCAGAGUUUUGGUCAAUUAUGCUCUUAAAUCUGAUCCUGAGUUUUGUAAUGAGAUUCUUGGUUCUAUUUUAUCAACUUGUUCUAGGAAUUUAUAUGAGAUUAUUGUUGACUUCGAUUGGUAUGUAUCUCUUCUUGGGGAGAUGUCAAAAAUCCCACAUUGCCAGAAGGGAGAAGAAAUUGAAAAUCAGCUAAUUGAUAUUGGUAUGAGGGUCAAGGAUGUUAGGCCAGAACUUGUUCAUGUCAGUCGUGAUCUGCUGAUUGAUCCUGCUUUACUUGGAAAUACUUUCUUGCAUAGGGUAUUAUCUGCUGCUGCUUGGGCAUCUGGAGAAUAUGUUGAGUUUUCAAGAAACCCUUUAGAACUUAUGGAAGCACUAUUACAACCUCGCACUUGUUUGUUGCCCCCACAUAUUAGGGCAAUUUAUAUUCAGUCUGCCUUUAAAGUGUUAGUUUUCUGUCUAAGUACUUACCUUAUGCAAUGGGGAAGUACUGCUUCCUCUGCAUCUCCUGAUAAUUUACGUUCAGGAGUUUCAGCAUCUGUGUCCUACGAAUCAUUUGACAAUCUGUCUGUUGAAAAUGGUGCAGAUGCUACUGUUACACGUGGGCAGACAUAUACCUCUGCUUCUAUCACCAAUGAAUCCAUUUUAAACCUGUUGAAUCUGGUUGAAUUGGCUUUAGGCCCUCUAUUCGAAAGCCCUGAUGUGGAAGUACAGGAGAGAGCCCGGAAUGUGCUUGGCUUUAUUGACUUGACAAAACUAGAAUUACUUAAUUCUUCAGUUCAAGGGGAAAAGGAUUUAGAGAGAAGAGGAGUGGAAUGUUCCAAAACCAUUGAGCUGAUGCAUGACGCCUUUUCCAAGGAGCUUGGUCCUGUCUCUUUAAGCGCCCAGGGAAAAGUUUAUCUACCAGAUGGGUUAAUGCUUGUGGAGAACCUUGUUGGCAUGGAAAUGAUCUGUGCUGAUAUUGAACCACCUUCAUCAAACUUAUUUUCUUUUGGAAUUCCAUAUGAGGAGAAGGAUGGUGUUUCUUUCUCUAACCUUCAGAUCGAAGCAGACUCUGAGGAAUCAAAUGAGGCCACAUCUCUGUUAGCUGAGCAUCGUAAGCGCCAUGGGUUAUAUUAUCUUCCUUUGGGGAAGAGUGAAAUAAUUUCAAAUGAUUAUCCUCCUGCCAAUGACCCAACAUUACAGGGUAAUAUCAAUGAUAAUGCUGAUGAUCUUGUUAAACUUACUGAGGAAUCACUUGUCCCAAAGAGAAAAUCAAAUCAUGCCAAGCCUAGGCCCGUGGUGGUGAAAUUGGAUGAAGUGGAUGCAAAACCAGUUGGAGUGAAGAAGGCCGAGUACAAGGAUGAUUCACUUUCAGGUGCUGUACGUGAUUUUCUUUAUGGUAUGAAAGAUAUGGUACCCACUUCAUCUCAAAGCAACCUUCCUGGUAAGGCAUCUAGCAAGAGAAAAGGAAAGGAAAAACAACAUACAGAUCCUCAUGUGGAAACAAAAGGAAAUUUAGUUGAUUAUGGAAAUCCUAGUUCAAGAAGGAGAAAACACCGUAGUCAUGGUAAAGAGAGAAAACAUAGAAGUGCAAGGGAGAAGAAUGCUGAGGAAAGAGAAGAUACUGGUCAGAAAGAAAAAGAGAAGAGUAGUUAUUGCCAUGGCAGGCAUAAAUCUCGACAAAGAGCUGAAGAGCCUUUGAAUGUUUCUGCACAAACAACCGUGAUUCCUGAUUUCCUUUUAUAGCAUUAAAACAUUUUUAUCCAGUAGAAACAGCUUUACGGAAUUGGCCUUUUAUAUCCUCUGUAUUCGUCCUUCUUGCAUGCUGAGGUUAGUUCUUCUGUAAAUCUAUACUUUCUGUUUUAUUUGGGGUUUGUGGUAUAUUGAAAUUUGAACAUUGGGAUUGGUUUAAAUGUUACACAUUACGAAAUUCAAUCUUGUGAAGUAAAGUUUCAAUUUUGAAACAUUCUGGCCCCUGAGACCUAAAAUGAAUAUAUUCUCUAUAUGUUAAAGUUUUGAGUUUAGAAAUCUCUCUCUAUGUUUCAAGUUUGAGUGUUAUUUUGCUUUGAGCUUUCUGUUUCUUCCAAUCUCAUUGUUAGUACUAUGUUACCAGGAUAUAAUGUCUAUAUCUUAUGCAUGUAC